UCCUGCUACACAUGCGCGUCGUACUGCUAUAAAAUAUUUCAGCCACUAUUCUUGGGCUCUGUAUUAAGGGACACCAUCAAUGUACAAGUAGCAAACUCACAGCACAUAAUGUUUUUGUGUUGAUGUUUUCUAAAGGGAAUCGUUUUACUGCAUAAACCUGCCUAAAUUUUGGUACUAUCGUUAAUUUCACUGGUUGCAUGAACACCAGCAUCCAGUGGUAAUCAUCGGUUAAUGAGACCAGGCCAUUGCGCCGCCAUUGACAACGUUAAUUUGCUUCGACACCACAAUAUACGUAAUAUGGAGGUCCUUAAUAAGGAACAAUUAACGCAGUUAUCCCAGCAAAUUUCCAAAGAUUUUCCGUGGGCGCUAGCGGAUCUACCACUUGCUAAGGAACUGGAAGAGUUGCAGUUGUCCAAGCCAAGCGAAGAUAUACAUCCGGGUGAGGAUGAGGAAGACUUUCACUUCACGGAAGUCAAUCUGCUUAUUCUCGGUGAAGAAAUCGAUGCGGGGAAAUCCAUCUGGAUCAGCGGAUUCGCAAGCUCUUUAACAUGCUCAUCCUUGGAUGAAGCUUUAAAUAAACCCGGUAUUCGUAUUCCGCUACAAUUUGAAAUCCUGGAUCCAUGUUUCUGCAAACAUGUGGUUUCCAUUGGAUCCAGCAGCGAUGAGAACGCUACCGUGCCCUUUGCGGGUACGGUCACCUUCGGGACCUACCCUGCGAAAAAUACUGGCCGCAUUAUUCGAAUGCUAAGCCCACUCUCCGUUCGGGACGGUAACGAUACGGCCGAAAAAUAUCGGAGAACCGAAGCAAUCGUGAAACAUUUGGGCACAUUCGGAGAGCUUCACGGCAUCUGCAUUUUACUGAAAUCUGGUACUGGUCUGACGCCAGCGCUGCAAGAGUUAUUAAGCGUCGUUCUGGGUCGCCUACACCGUGAUGCCCGUCGCCAUAUCGUCUUCGUGUUUACCGACGCGGGAUCGCCAAUCAAUCUUCCAGUGGAUACUGUGGCAAAACUAGAGGAAUUGCUUGCGGCCGGUGUCGAAUUCCAUCGGGAAACCUUGUACUGCUUCGACAACGAUGUGUUCCGGUGUAUGCUAGCGCUGCAAAAUGGAGUCGAGAUCGGUGCCGUCAUGAUGAAAGGCGUGUCGAGUUGUUGGGCAAUCGCUGCUGACGAAGCCGAGCGUUUAUUAAAGCACAUAGAAGCGCUGCCUCCGUAUAAGACCGAAGCGACGCAACCGAUUGCGAUGGCACGAGAACUGUAUGAGGCAAUUGUUGAAAUGAUCGCGGCCGAGUCGUGGGCUAGUGAAUUUGUGCCGGUCGUUAAACAGAGGAUCCUGCAGGAUAAAUUAGCGGAGAUCGAAAAAGCCAAAACAGAGCGAGACGAGCUGCGCCGCCAAACGGAAAUCAAUCCACAGGCUGAAAAGGUACGCCGGUUAUUGGAGCAGAAAGACCAAGAAAUUGCCAAGGACGAGAGUAUCGCCGCCAGCCUUCCGCUGAACCAGCCCACCGUUUUCGACCGGCGACAACGGGAAGAGAUGGGGCCAAUGCUGCUUGUGGCGGCUAAGGUGCGGGUUUUCCUAAAAGAAUUCUGCGCUGUGCCAGGGAAGGACACCAUGGAGCAGCUGCUGAUGGAUCUGGUGGCAGCCGAAACGGAGAAAGUGGCCUCGGGAUCCAGUCGAGAUAAGCUGAGCAUUCGUCAGCACGACUUAAAAGAAUACCGGGUGUAUUUGAUGUUUUGGAAUGAGGAGAUUCGGACUAAGAAUCCCCACCGCGUAACGAUGGAAGCCAUUCGGGCGGAUGUUAAAAUACUCAAGACUUUCCCGAAUAAUGGCCUCAUGUUCAGGGAUUUUGCGUUGUGAUCCUGGUCUACCCUUUACGCUUUCCUUGUUUCAAACUGGUAUUGCACAACACGGUGUAAUAAUGUUUUGUCAAAGGAAGCAUAAUGCAUGCUGCAUGAACAAUAAUUUUUAAAAUGGUCACAGUGGAUUUAUAUUAAUAGGGUUUGUAUUCUGAAGCCUUCACAUUAGUACAAACUGCACGGUUAUUA